AAUGGCUAGGCAAGUGGCUGUUUGGGGAGGAAGAUUCCACUUUAGAAGGUUUGAGUGUCUACAUCAAGGCUGGAGGGACCAAUUCGGUGAGACGAAAUUCCGGGUUGAGAGGUGGUGAAGGGAGUAAAGGCGAGGACUCAAGAGUGGGAAAUCCCACAGCAAGGGCGGCAUGCAAGCCUGGUCAGCCAAAUGCUGUUGGGUUCUACAGUUUACACCGGUUUUUUUCAGUGGAAGGAUUAACAUAG